AUGCAACCCCGCAGGAAACGAGGUAGAACGGAUCUGUCGAGAGAGCAUUUGUACCCAGGGCACGCAGACGAUGGAGGACCUGCCGUGAUAACGAUCUCGGACGAUGACGAGGAAGUAGUUGACAAGGAAAAGGAAGCUCUGAUACAGGAGCUAAAUCAGACCAGAGAGGCCAUGAAAACUGAAAUGCAGAAAGCCAAAGAUCUUGAUUCCAAGUGCACCAAACUUCAAGAGCAGCUGGUUCAAAAUAGAAAGAGACCUGAACAAGACCUCCGAGGAAAUCAUCAAGACAUGGAAAAACAAACUAGAUUGCUGCAGGCAAAGCUUCGUGAAAACGAAAGACUCAAGACUGAGGUCGAAAACAUGAGAACAGAACUUGGCGAAACACAGAGACAGAUUUUCGACGAGCAGAAGCAGCGCAAAGCCGCUGAGGAAGCCCGCGUGGCUGCUGAGAGCAAAUGCUCGGAGGUGAUGAAGAACAGCAAAAGCCUCGAGGCCAGUCUUGGGCAAGAGCGGAAGAGACGCGAGGAGCUGGAGGCUCGAGCUGCAUCCCAGCAGGAAGAAAUGGAUGUCCUUCGCGAGCAGGUUCAGGAGGAGCAGACGAAGCGGAAAGGCACAAACUCGAAGUUACAGAAAUUGAAGAAGCAGCACCAAGAAGAGGUCGAGGCGAAAGAGGGUCUUGAGGCCAGUCUUGGGCAAGAGCGGAAGAAACGCGAGGAGCUGGAGGCCCGAGCUGCAUCCCAGCAGAAAAGCUUGCAUGAUCUACACGGGCAGAUUGACAAGGAGCAGAAGCAGCGCAAAGCCGCUGAGGAAGCCCGCGUGGCUGCUGAGAGCAAAUGCUCGGAGGUGAUGAAGAACAGCAAAAGCCUCGAGGCCAGUCUUGGGCAAGAGCGGAAGAGACGCGAGGAGCUGGAGGCCCGAGCUGCAUCCCAGCAGGAAGAAAUGGAUGUCCUUCGCGAGCAGGUUCAGGAGGAGCAGACGAAGCGGAAAGGCACAAACUCGAAGUUACAGAAAUUGAAGAAGCAGCACCAAGAAGAGGUCGAGGCGAAAGAGGGUCUUGAGGCCAGUCUUGGGCAAGAGCGGAAGAAACGCGAGGAGCUGGAGGCCCGAGCUGCAUCCCAGCAGAAAAGCUUGCAUGAUCUACACGGGCAGAUUGACAAGGAGCAGAAGCAGCGCAAAGCCGCUGAGGAAGCCCGCGUGGCUGCUGAGAGCAAAUGCUCGGAGGUGAUGAAGAACAGCAAAAGCCUCGAGGCCAGUCUUGGGCAAGAGCGGAAGAGACGCGAGGAGCUGGAGGCUCGAGCUGCAUCCCAGGAGCAGAGGUCCAAGCCAAGCAACAAGAGCUCGACCAGCUGCGUGAAGAACUGA